GAAAAAAAUGACGAUAAUUCUAAAUUUUUUAUCAAAUGCGUGAACAACUUUGUGGACGAUCGAUAUAAAAAGCAUUUUUUUUUAUUUGUGGCGUGUGAAUAUAUAGUGUAAUAUACAACAUGGACUGGAAAAGUGCGAGGAUCAUUUUAACAGCUACAGCAACAGUAGUAGUCGCGUCACAAGUGGCUAAGAAGAUAUACAACUAUUUUUUCCAUUCGAGGAAGUCUUCACAUGCCGAUGCAAAUAAUGAUGACUCCUGUUGUGAAUUAAUAAACAUCAAAAAUCGAGAGAUAAACGAUGUCAUACUAUUUUCGGACGAUGUUGUUCGACAUACGAUCAGGAUCCCGCCAAAUAGAGAUAUCACAAUUUGCGAAAGCAGAGAGCUCAAUUGCUUCAAACUAAUUAAAUACAUCAAAUCGGCACGAGAGACGUUGGACGUUUGUAUGUAUUUAAUUACCAGUAGCGAAAUAGCUGAACAAAUUAUAAGAUUGGGACAAAAACACGUUUUAGUAAGAAUUGUUGUUGACAGCGAUAUGGCUUACACACCUCCGUCGCAAAUAAAAAAAUUGAAAGAAUAUAGUUUUAUCGAAGUUCAAACUAACAAUAAAUCUAUAUUAAUGCAUCAUAAGUUCUGCAUCAUUGACGGGCCAAAAGCCAUUAAACGGAAAAAUAUAUUAAAAUCAUAUGCUGAAAAAUUAAAUGUGCACACACAACACAUAAAAUUAACAAAACCACCAACAAAACCAAAGCCUGUUAGAGGUUUUGUUAUGUCAGGUUCAUUGAAUUGGUCUACUCAUGCUAUGGUGUCAAACCACGAGAGUGUAAUAGUGACUUCACAUUCUAAUAUCGUUAGUAAAUUCGAAAAAGAAUUUGAAACUUUAUGGGUGGAGAAUGAGCCAGCACUGGUUUCAUCAAUGUGUUAAUAAAUCGAAGUAAAAGGUGUAUAUAAAAACUUAAGAUAAAUGCGGCCAUAAUGAAAUACAUGUGCAAGUGUAAUUGUGCCACGGAUGGUUCAGUGCCGCAGUGUUGGAUAAAUAGUGAAAACGAUAUGUACAUAACAUGAGAUAAACGUGGCGAAUUUGGCGAGAACACGUCGUGUGAUUGGAAAACGAUAGAUUCAAAAAAUAUUCUUAUUGGUGAACACAUGAUCAAAUUCCAUGAGGGGUGUGUGUGUAGUAUGGAAAACUAUCGGAAAUGUUCCUCUAAAAAUACUUGAAGCCUCUUUUUAGUGUAAUUAAGGAUAUAUAUCAAAGUAAUCUGAUUUACACAAUGUGUUCACGUCAAAAGUUAUUGGUGUAAACAGUUUUAAAAAUGUGGUUAGUAAGUGUGCACAUUGGAUGCAGUGUUUUCCACGAGAUGGCGCUGCUCGGAUUGUUGCUGAGUAAGUGAGAUACUUGUUUAACCACCGUCUGCUAGAUGGCGUUGGUCCAUCGAGUUCAGUAGCCGAUAAACACGCACCGAUAACACGUACAGCUCAAGGCGUGAAAUAGCAUUUCCUGCUAUUACUAAACAUAUUGUUACUACCACCUGCCACCACUUACAGCAAUGAUUCAACGCAGCACGUCUGAUGCGGAAUCUAGUUCAUUUAACACCUAGCUAUCGCUGAAUGCAGUUAUCCUCAUCCGCCGCCACUUAGUUAGGAAGAUUGCGUUACAACUAUAUCGAUUACUCUCUUAUCCUAGAAACAUUUGGAAUACAACGAAAUACGCAGUCAACUGUUAUCAUCGUACUUGCGAAUAUUAUCUGUUCUAACUUCACACGUGAUAGUGCUUAACUGCGAUUUCGUUUGUUCUUGGGAUGCGUUGGUUUGUGACGCGACGUAGUCCAAUGUUGCCUUAAGAUUUAUUGUUACCGUCCACUAUUGUAAGAUUGCGGAGGAAACAGAAAAAAUGCUUCUUUAGUAUAUAAGUUUUGUGACUUUGAAACAAACAAUUGUGAUCUUGUCGUACGUUUUUCCGGUUUCCUUCGCGAUGUUUCACACUGUCACGCGUUUGUUUAGUUUUAUUAUUUAAGCUUUCACGUUGUACUUUAAUGUUUUGAAUACCAUUGACUAACAAACACUAAACAUUUCUAACGCAUGACCUUUAUUUUACAAUAUCAACUCGCGAGUGUGCAUGACGUCAACAGAUUAGUUUUAUAUUGUUCAUACUUGUCUUACAUUUGUUAUAAUAUUUAGACAAUCCGCUACUCUGACAUGUUCAUGUUUUACAAUAAUACGAUUGUUUAUUUACAUUAUAUUGAUUAUGUAAAUGUUUACUUCAACAAUUUGUUCCCGUACAAAUUUGGAGAUCUUUAUGCGAACACGUCGUACGCCUUGCUCCAUAAAACUUGAUUUUAGGUGUUUGUAGGUGUUACUUAAAUUCGAGUUUUAGUCAAUGCAUGGCAACACCCGGGUGAUUGCAUUCUAGUUUUUUGUCAGAUGAAAAAUUUGAUUAUGCAAUCUGUUUGAUUUAAUGAUGAUUAUGUUUAAUUUAAUUAUUUUAAUUCAAUAAACGUUUCGGCAUGA